AGAAAAGGUUUGAGCGGGUACUGACGACUUUGUUUAGUAUUUCUGGUCCAGGCUCGAGGGAACGUAUUUCAGAUUACUCGACCUUCAUUAUUUCCCCAAUUACAAUUAGGAUUACUGCAUCUUCCUUUCCUAGGGUUUCAUAACCCAACACAAUGUCCGGCUCCGACAGCGAUUCCGAUGAUUUCGGUCUCCAACAAGACAUGGAAGCUCUUCGGAGGGCUUGUAGUGUCACCGGCGCCGCUCUAAUUUCCGAUGAUUCCAGUUCGGAUUCCGGCGACGAAGACAGAGAAUUGUAUAGGAAAAUACAAGAGAGAUUCUCGGUGACUAAUGAUGCUGAAGAACCCUUGAAUUUGAAACCGAUUUGUGUGUUGCCCCCUCCGCUUACGUUAUCGGAUAGUGAUGUUGAUGAUUGUGAUGGGGAUUUUGAAAUUCUUCGUGCCAUUCAGAGUCGCUUCUCGGAUUAUAAUAAGGAUGACCUGAAUGAAAGCACAAAGGAUGGUUUACAGAAAUCGCAGGUUGGUGCUUCUAUUAUAGAUUCGGAAAAGGAAACUUCCAAUAAUUUGUUUAGCAGAACUAAUAUUGCCAAAGAAUUUCCAGAUUCUGUAGAUUCAUGCAUCACCGGGAAUUUUUCUGAACCACCGACUGAGAUUGCUCAUGAAAACCAAGUUUCUGAUAAAUUUGACAACCACUUGUCAUGUGAUGAUAAUAUUGCUUUAACACCUGUCGAAGAUUCUGCCUUUCCUAAAUCUGCUCAGGCAUUUCUUGAUGCCAUCAAGAAGAAUAGGUCAUGUCAGAAAUAUUUGCGGAGUAAGUUGAUCCAGAUUGAAUCAAGAAUUGAAGAAAAUACAAAAUUGAGGAACAGUAUUAAAGCUCUGAAAGGCUUUCAGUUCUGCUGUAGAAGAAGAACUGGGCUGGAAUUGUCUCAGAAGAAGGAUGCUCGGCUUCAGCUGAUUCAAGUGCCAAAGCUGAGGGUUGAUUCUAAGGCAAAGGAGAAAAACACCCAAGUUAUGUACUAUGGCCCUCCUGAUAAUUCUCAUGUCCCCAACUAUAAGGCUGUGCUUCAUAAAUUUUCAGACUCAUUUAAUCGAGAUAAGUGGACUGAAGACGAAGAUAUAAAUCUUGUGAAGGGUAUAAAGCAACAAUUUCAAGACAUGUUGCUUCAGAAGACCUAUCAGAAUGAAGAGAUAUUGCGACAAAGGUCUACUGGCCUAGUCAGUGAUGUUGAGGGAUUUCCUGGAGAAUCAAAUAACUUUGAUAGCAUAAUCGCUUCUAUUUCUGAUCAUGACAUCACUGACGAGAACAUGAGAGAGUUCCUGCCUAAGGUUAACUGGGAACAAUUGGCUUCCAUGUACACCAAGCGCCGAUCUGGUGCAGAAUGUGAAGCGAGGUGGUUGAACUUUACAGAUCCCUUGAUAAACAAAAAUCCAUGGACCAAAACAGAAGAAAAAAAACUGCUGUACAUAAUUCAACAAAAGGGAAUUAACAACUGGAUCAAUAUUGCAUUAUCAUUGGGAACAAAUAGGACACCUUUUCAGUGUUUGGCACAUUACCAGAGGAGCCUUAAUCCUUCAAUACUGAAAAGGGAAUGGACGGAGGAUGAAGAUGAUAAACUCCGUGCUGCUGUAGCAACUUACGGUGAGAGGAACUGGCAGUCUGUUGCUUCUGUCUUGGAAGGGAGGACAGGUACCCAAUGCUCCAACAGGUGGAUAAAAUCACUUCAUCCAAUGAGGAAAAAGAAAGGGAAGUGGAGUCCAAAUGAAGAUAAACGCUUAAAAGUUGCUGUUAUGUUCUUCGGGGAAAAAAACUGGAGAAAUAUAGCUCAAUAUGUGCCUGGACGGGAUCAUGUUCAGUGUAGAGAGAGAUGGAAAAAUUGUUUGGAUCCUUCAGUCAAGCUGGAUGAGUGGUCCGAAGAAGAAGAUUUAAGGUUGAAAGAAGCAUUUGAAGAACAUGGGCCAUCCUGGAAUAAGAUUGCUUCAUAUGUAUCUCAACGUACUGAUAACCAGUGCCUGAGGAGAUGGAAGACUCUGUUUCCACAUGAAGUCCCUAGGUUUCAAGCGGCUUCAAGAAUAAAAAAGGUGGCUUUAAUAUCAAAUUUUGUUGAUAGGGAAGCAAGAAGACCUGCCCUUGGGCCCAGUGAUUUUGUCCAGCUACAACUAUUAGAUUCUGUUACUGAAACUGGAAAGACCGACUCUUGCAGGAAAGGCGAGAAGAAAUCAAGUUAUGUUGCUAAACUAAGAUCUGCAAAGCGCAAAGCUGAUGCUGAAAGAAGCUGUGAGAGUGUCUUGAGAUUAACAAAUGGAAAAAAGCGACGUUUUAAUGCUAAAAAGUCCUCAACACAAGAUCAGGAAACAGCUUCUGUUAAGGGAAAGCUGUCAGAGGUAAACAGUGUUGCCAAGUCCUCUGCUCAUGAUGUACAUACUGCUAGGAAGCAAGCUCCAGGGCGUAAAAGAAAGAAAUUAAGUAGGACGCCAGACGCAUCUCAGCAGGCUGCCACAGGAGUAAAAGAGCAUACAAGUAAACCAUCUUCAUGUGAAAAUGAAUGUGUUGAUACUACAAAUAAGGAAGUAGGGAGCCUGAGCGAAGUUGAUGCUACAAAGAACAAAAAGUCUAGGAAACAUAUCCGCAAGAAAAAUAAAUUAAUGGAACAAGUAAAUGAAGCUCAAGUACACACAGGAACUGAUGGAAUUGAUGUUAGCAAGAAGAGUGAUGCUCUUGAAACAUGUUCGAGUGACCAUGCAUAUUUAGCUAUUUCUGAGGAUUGUCCCCCAUCACCCAGAGGUAGUCCAGAGAGGAUGCUAAUAAAUGGUGAUGUUGCUGAGCCCUUUGUCAGGGAUAGCAAUGAUGAAAGACCUCCUAGGUGCCCAACACCGGAUAUUUUGGAUAACUUGAAUUUAAGGGCAUUCACUGUUUCCAGAAAAGUUGUGGUUAAUCGGUCACGGCAUAGAGGCAGAACUUUGAAGCAAAGGCGUAAUGCAGAUUAUGAGGAUGACAUGACCCUCGCUGCCUUUAUCAAUCAGUCACGGAAAGCCCGAAAAAUCUUAUUGUCUUCGAUAAAAGCUUCAAAGCCUCUACCGAAGUGUAUUGACGCGGAAGAUUAAGUUCCAUAAAUCAGAAUGGAGAUUAUAUUUUUGCUUCACAUUGGUUCUGAUUGAUGAUGUGGAAGAUUAAGUUUCCUUAUUUACGAGGGAAUUAUCUCUUUUUGUGAGGGUAGCAACUAGCAACAUAUGAUUCCCGGGAAUAGAUCUACUAGGGCCCAUAAUAUCUGGAAUUUGCAAGCACUGAGAGUAAUUUUUCAUGUGUGCAGUUGCAAGAAUAUUCUCAAGUUCAAAUAUGUUUUAAGUUUGUUGUAUACUUGUAAGAAGGCUUCAUCUCAACAGGCCUGGCUUUGAAAAUAUCUGCACAACUAUGUACAUUUAAAAUUUGUUUUCUCUAGCUUUAAUUUGUGAAAAUUCUAAAAAUCUACCCUCUUCUAUCCA